AUGCUCCGGGCCUCGGGCCGCCCCGCCGCCAGCCACCCCCGCCCGCCCCGGCGGCCCGCGCUCCGCCCGGGGGCGUGGGAGGCGCGGCCGGAGCCGGAGGCGGGAGCGGCGGGCGGGCGCCCCGGACGCGGGAACGCACGGUGCUCCUGGUCCCUGGUGCCCCCGGGCCUCGGGCUGUGAGCCAGGAGGAUGCCCCAGCGCCAUGAGUGAGGAGCAGCGGCCGCCGGGCAGCGCCGUGGGCUGGCUGGCGUGCGGGGGCCUCUCCCUGCUGGCCAACGCGUGGGGCAUCCUCAGCGUGGGCGCCACGCAGAAGAAGUGGAAGCCGCUGGAGUUCCUGCUGUGUGCGCUGGCGGCCACGCACAUGCUCAACGUGGCGGUGCCCAUCGCCACCUACGCCGUGGUGCAGCUGCGGCGCCAGCGGCCCGGCUACGAGUGGAACGAGGGCCUCUGCAAGGUCUUCGUGUCCACCUUCUACACGCUCACGCUGGCCACCUGCUUCUCCGUCACCUCGCUGUCCUACCACCGCAUGUGGAUGGUGCGCUGGCCCGUCAACUACAGGCUCAGCAACGCCAAGAAGCAGGCGGUGCACACGGUCAUGGGCAUCUGGAUGGUGUCCUUCGUGCUGGCGGCCCUGCCCGCCGUCGGCUGGCACGACACGAGGGAGCGCUUCUACACCCAUGGCUGCCGCUUCAUCGCGGCCGAGAUCGGCCUGGGCUUCGGCGUCUGCUUCCUGCUGCUGGUGGGGGGCAGCGUGGCCGUGGGCGCCGUGUGCACGGCCAUCGCCCUCUUCCAGACGCUGGCCGCGCGGGCGGGCCGCCGGGCCUUCACGGUGCCCGCCAUCGUGGUGGAGGAUGCGCAGGGCAAGCGCCGCUCCUCCAUCGAGGGCUCCGAGCCCGCCAGGACCUCGCUGCAGGUCACCGGCCUGGUGGCCGCCAUCGUCUUCAUCUACGACUGCCUCAUGGGCUUUCCCGUGCUGGUGGUGAGCGUCAGCAGCCUGCGGGCGGACGCCGUGGCGCCCUGGAUGGUGCUGUGCGUGCUGUGGUGCUCGGUGGCCCAGGCCCUGCUGCUGCCGGUGUUCCUCUGGGCCUGCGCCCGCUACCGCGCCGACCUGCGGGCCGUGUGGGAGAAGUGCGCCGCCCUCAUGGCCAACGGCGAGGACUCGGACGACGACACCAGCCUGGAGGGGGGCCUGCCCCAGGACCUGGUGCUGGAGCGCUCCCUGGACUACAGCUGCGGGGGCGACUUCGUGGCCCUGGACCCCAUGGCCAGCUAUGAGCUGCCGCUGGAGGGGGGCCUGCCCCACUUCUACCCGCUGGCGCCCCUGCAGGAGGACAAGAUGCAGUACCUGCAGGUCCCGCCCGCGCGGCGCUUCUCGCACGAGGACGCGGGCCUGUGGGCCGUGCUGCCCGCCUUCCUGCCGCGCUGGGGCUCCGGCGAGACCCUGGCCGCCCUGGGGCCGCCCCGGCGCCGCGACGGCCCGCGGGCCCCGCAGGACGCGCCCCCGUUCCGCCCCCGCCGCCGCUCCGCCGACAGCCUGCCGCCGCCGCGGCGCCCCGGCAGCCCGCGCCGCCCCGGGCCCGGCGCCCGCGCCGCCUCCGCCUCGCGGCUGCCCGAGGCCUUCGCGCUGACGGCCUUCGAGCGGGAGCCGCAGGCCCUGCGCCGCCCGCCGGCCCCGGGUCCCGCCGCGCCCGGCGAGGACGCGGCGCCCCCUGGCGGCCCCGGCGCGCAGCGCAGUCCCGGGCCGCCCCCGGCCGCGCAUGCGCACGCGCGGCCCCUGCAGAGGGUCCCGAGCGCGUCGUGGGCCGAGCCCGCGGGCCUGCGCGCGGCGGGCGGCGGCGGCAGCGCCAGCAGCGUCCUGAGCUCGCCGUCCGAGUCCUCGGGCUACGUCACGCUGCACUCGGACUCGCUGGGCUCGGCGACCUAGGCCGCCCCGGGGCCAAAGCACCAAAGAUGCCCGCUGCCCCCAGGCUCGGGGCAGGGCCGGGCCUGGGGCGAAGCAUUGUCCCGGGAUGAUGGAUGAUGUGGUCGCUGCGCGGAGGGACACUGACCUGGCUGCGGGGCUGGGCCCUUGGUCACUGGGCUUGGGCAAAGGAGGCUCUGCACGUGCCCAGCGCUUCCAGGAGGGGAGCCCCCGGACAGGACACCCCCAGACAGAAGAGAGCCCCGCUCUGCAGGAAGGGGAGCCACGACCGCCGCUCUCCACCCGGCACUGACCCGUCCCGCCUCUGCGGUGGGCGCGGAGGUCUAAGCACAGGGUCUUCGGGCCCAAGUCCCAGCUCAGAGCAGCCUCCCUGCCGGUCCUGCCUCUGCGUCCCCCCCGAGAGGCAGGUGGCCAGGUCACUCUCAGGACGAAGAAGUGCUGGUCCCGACGCUCCGACCACGGAGCGCACAGGGCAGGGAGGCAGUCUCGGGCUGGGGCCCCAGGCCUGCGGCGUCCUGCUCCCUGCCCUGGCCCCUUGGGCACUCACCCCACACCCAACUAAAGCACAACGCACACCUCCUCACCAUUAGCACACACACACACACACACACACACACACCCGCCACUGUUACGUCCUCACUGCCUGUCCCCACACGGUGGCCACUUCUGACUACCACCCGGAAGCGUGGGUGCCUGGUGGGACAGACUGAAGCGAAGGAGUGGGCUUCCUUACUCUGCCCUGCCCGUCCCCCGCCCUACAGGUGUGGCCCACAGCCUCCCAGGCUCUGGGGUUAAGGCCUGGCUUCUGACCGGGGUCCCCCACCCCCGUGAACAGGGCUCUUUGCUCUCCCUCCUGGCAGACCCUUCGCAGGCCUGGGCUUCGCAUGGGGGAAGCCCUGGCCACAGGCUGAGGAGAGGCCCGGGCAGCUGUGACCUUGGGUGACAGACAGGGCAAGUGCAGAGGCUGCCUCGCCCUGGCCGGGCCUUCAUGCAGCGGCCCGGACAAAGGAAGCCUGGAGCAGGGGCGGGCCAGCGCGGAGCCUGCCUGCUCACGUUCCCUCCGCUCUGCCCCUGCCCCUCCUGGGGCCAGGCCUCCCUCCGCACACCCCAGACUGGGCCCGGCCCCAGAGGAGGCCCCUGGGAGAGGACAGAGGGACUGCCUGGCUCCAUCUCUGCCUCGAGGCCCCUGAGGUGGCCACGGGCGAGCAAGGCAGGGGACUGCUGUCCAGCCCGGCCAGUACUGCGUGCCUUCUAGGACUGACCCAUCGUGAGGUCGUCGGCUAGCCACUCCCCCCUCAGGCUGGCCCAUUGGUCACCUUGGGGUUUUCACUUUCCUAUCCAGCAGCAAUACUUACAGGGGGGGCCUGGCACCCCAGAGUCUCUCUACUCCUGGUUUUUACAAAAAUAAGAGGGAGGACCCCAAGCACAGGGCCCUGGGGGCAGGAUCCCUCUCAUCCUUUGUGCGGCCCCAGGCCCCCUGGCUGCGUUGACAGCAGCCUGACCCUGGGCUUAAGGGGGAGGGUUCUGUUUUCAUACC